GACAACAACCCGCAUCAUCCAAAUGGAGUCCAAUAAUACCCAGUCCUUGCCCAACAGUGCGCCUGUAGGUGCUACGGGCGCAGUGCUCAAGGCCUCCGACCCUGUGCCGGAGAGCGCGGUACCUGUCAAAGGACUGGAUUUUGAUGCAUUCGCAGAUCGCAAUGUCACGGUCGCCGAGCUGGUCGAAAAUCUGGCAAAUGUGGGGUUCCAAGCUACGUCGAUCGGACAAGCCGUCGAUAUAGUCAAUGGCAUGCGUACCUGGCGUGAUGCAGAGACUGGUGAGAGGACGACUAUCUUCCUUGGUUACACUUCGAACCUGAUCUCAUCUGGUCUGCGCGAGACUCUCCGAUGGCUUGUACAGCACAAACAUGUCUCCGCCAUUGUGACCACGGCUGGCGGCGUGGAGGAGGAUUUCAUCAAAUGUCUGGGAAACACCUAUCUGGGCUCAUUCGAUCAACCUGGAGCAGCCCUUCGAGCCAAGGGCAUGAAUCGAAUCGGAAACUUGUUAGUGCCCAACGAUAAUUAUUGCCACUUUGAAGAUUGGGUGAUGCCGAUUCUCAACAAGAUGCUCGAAGAACAAGAGGACUCCAAGUUAUCCGAAGAGCCAACACAUUGGACGCCAAGCAAAGUCAUUGCCCGCCUGGGUAAAGAGAUCAACGAUGAGCGAUCGGUGUACUACUGGGCAUACAAAAACGACAUCCCCGUAUUCUGCCCAGCGCUUACUGACGGAAGUCUCGGUGACAUGCUCUACUUUCAUACCUUCAAGUCCUCUCCGCAACACUUACGCAUCGACAUUGUGGAAGACAUCAGAAAGAUAAACACAAUCGCAGUGCGUGCGAAACGUACGGGCAUGAUCAUCCUCGGGGGCGGCGUUGUGAAGCAUCACAUCGCUAAUGCAAAUUUGAUGCGCAACGGCGCUGAAAGCGCUGUGUACAUCAACACUGGCCAGGAGUUCGACGGGAGUGAUGCUGGUGCCAGGCCAGACGAAGCCAUUAGUUGGGGCAAGAUCAAAGCUGACGCUGCGAGCGUGAAGGUAUAUGCGGAGGCUACAAUUGUUUUCCCUCUCAUCGUCGCUGCAACUUUUGCCAAGGUUGAUGAUGCUUGAGGUUGCGCGCAGUGAGCGCCCAACCUCGAGUUGCAUUGCCAACGCGGACUUGCGUAAGGCACCUACCUCCGUACCUACAGUACUGUCUACCUAGAAGGGAUGAUUUGAGCUCAGUGCGCUCACCAGGCCGACGUGCAUGAGCACAAGCUGCAGGGUUGACGUGGUCAUCCAAUUCUUCACAUUUCACACGGGAUACCAAGCAAGCUACUGCGUCAGGAGGUUCGUCGUGUCUUCUCUCAUGGAAGGAACAUACUCGAAAUCAAUUCUAGGUAGGUGCCAGCGCACGCUGCCCGGCGAACGUCGACUUCCUUGUCUUCAUGGAAGUCAUCUUCCUCUUUCCCCGUCCUGUUUGUCCUUGCCUAUUUCCGCGAGAGUGAUGAGACGCGCUAAGCCGAUAGUAUCUAAAGGUUGACACGGAC